AUGGAGAAGACCAUCAUAACAGACCCCUCUCUGAGCAACUUGACUUAUGAAUAUGCAGAUUAUGGGGAAAUCAUCACAGACACCUGCUUUGUAUUACUUGAAUGGAAGGCAGUGGCAGCUGUGUGCAUGGCAAUUUCUCUCUGUGGACUUGUGGGGAAUGGCUUAGUCCUGUGGUUCCUGGGCUGCCACAUGAAGCAGAACCCUUCUGCCACCUAUGCCCUCUAUCUAGCUCUCGCAGACUUCUUGCUGCUCCUCCUGUUACUUCUGCACAUGUUGGCUGUUUGGAACAUCUCCCUGAUUUGUUUGAAUGACUUAGUUUCGAUGUACGCAGGAUUUGUGGUCGCAGUUGAUACUCUGUGUGACUACUUUGUGCUCUGCAGCCUGACUUUCCUCACAGCAAUGAGCGUGGAGCAGUGCCUGGCUGUUUUCUUUCCUGCCUGGUAUAACCUCCACUGCCCAAAGUACUACUCUGUCAUUGUGUGUUUGGUGCUGGUGGCUCUUCCUGGGCUUUUGUUUUACCCGAGGCGUAUCAGGUUUAUAGGUCCUAGAAGCUAUGAGGCAGCAUUUGAUGGAGCUGUCAUUGCCAUCUGCACCAUUUCAUUAUCCUUGAUGUUGGUUUCUAACCUGGCCCUGCUCAUCAAAAGCCGAUGUGGCUCGGAGGGAAGACACCCAGGGAACAUCCACGUUACUGCCCUACUCAGCAUGAUCUUCUUCUUUGCCCUUGAAACUGUAUCAUCUGCCCUGGUAGCCUCAGUGAACAGCUCCAUCAAACCUGUCCUUUACUUCCUGCUGGGCAGCUGCCGGCAGCGCCGCUCCCGGCGCUCUAUCGAAGUUGCCUUCCGAAGACUGUUUGAGGAUGAAGCCACGAGAGAGGAGAGGAGCCAGGAGCCUGGAGAUGCUGUGAUGGAGACCAGUGUCUGA